AAUAUGAUGAAUUUGAGAACAAAAAAAUGACACCAGCUCUGUUUUUCUUGCACUCUCGUCUUAGUCUCCAUAUGUAGUGAUCCUGUGUUGUAUUGCAUUGGACCUGCCAUCUGUCUUGUUUUUAAUGCCGUAUGAAGGUUUGUAUAUAUUUUAACCUCUGUCUGCAACUCAGCUUCCCUCAGAUGAGAUAAUAAAUUUGACUUGACAGUUUAUAUCAAAAGGUUUAAGCCGCAAAAUAACCAUCCUGUAGAUGGAUUUACAACCCUGAUUGAGUUUGUCAUCGCAAAGUGAUGGAAGAAAUUGGAAAAUUGUCAAAUCCAUGUGAAAAAGAAGCAGCUGCACAACAAAAAAUAAAAUCUCAACAUUUAAAUAGAACAAUGAAUCAUCAAGAUUUGUUCUCAUUUGGGUCAAAGGUGGGUGUACAAGCUCCGCCCAGGGGGGUCGGCUUAUGAGGUGUGACACCACUGAGCUGGAUACAAACCAGAGCUGACAAGAGAGACUCCAUCAGUGUUCGUCACCUCAGUGGACGGGACACGUUUGAUUUCUCUAUCAGAGGCUGUAGGAGAGUCAGACACUCAAGAUGACGCACCAGUUCCCCGCGCUCUCCGAGGCGCAGAAGAGGGAGCUGCAUGAGACUGCUCUACGCAUAGUUUCUCCAGGGAAGGGCAUCCUGGCUGCAGAUGAGUCUGUGGGCAGCAUGGCCAAGCGGCUGGCCCAGGUGGGAGUGGAGAACACGGAGCAGAACCGCAGACAGUACCGGCAGAUUCUCUUCAGUGCGGACGAUCGCAUCAGCAGCUGCAUUGGCGGCAUCAUCUUCUUCCACGAGACGCUGUACCAGCACUUUGACAACGGGGUCCCCUUCGUCAAGAUGAUCCGGGACAGGGGGAUCCUGGUCGGUGUCAAGGUUGACAAGGGCGUCGUCCCCCUGGCAGGAACUUUUGGGGAAUCCACCGCACAGGGUCUGGAUGGUUUGUCGGAGCGCUGUGCACAGUAUAAGAAGGAUGGAGCCCUCUUUGCAAAGUGGCGCUGCGUGCUGAAAAUCAGUGACACCAAUCCAUCCAAACUGGCCAUCACAGAAAAUGCAAACGUUCUUGCACGGUACUCUAGUAUCUGCCAGCAGGUCAGGAUCCACUAUUACAGCUUGUCUAUGUAUCUUUGUGGCCAUUAUUCUGAUAUUUCUUUUCUCCGUCAGCAUGGUAUUGUGCCCGUCAUAGAGCCGGAGAUCCUGCCUGACGGAGAUCAUGACCUGAAACGCUGCCAGUACGUCACUGAGAAGGUCCUGGCUGCCGUGUACAAAGCCAUGUCGGACCACCACGUGUACCUGGAGGGCACCCUCCUCAAACCCAACAUGGUGACACCUGGACACAGCUGUUCGACCAAGUACAGCCCGGAGGAGGUUGCUAUGGCGACCCUGACCGCCUUGCGCCGCACCGUUCCCCCGGCGGUCACAGGAGUGGCUUUUCUCUCGGGCGGUCAGAGCGAAGAGGAGGCCUCUGUCCACCUCAACGCCAUCAACAACUGCCCCCUGGCCAAACCCUGGAUCCUGACCUUCUCCUUUGGCCGAGCCCUGCAGGCGUCCGCCCUCCGAGCCUGGAGAGGCCACAAGGAGAACGAGAAGGCCGCCACUGAGCAGUUCAUCAAGAGAGCAGAGGUGAACAGCCUGGCAUGUCAGGGGAAGUACACAGGUGGAGAAAACUGUGGUGAAGAUUACCAGCUUAUUUAUGGAUCCUGUUAUGCAUACUGAACAAUAAGAGAAGCCACAUUUACGUUAGCAGUGUGUUCUUUCAUUGUCGUGAUAAAACAUUUCACAGAGGUGGUGUAAUGUAGCUUCUAGAUACAAUAUUUCUCAUGAUGAUGUUACAUGGAAACAAGUGACAGCGGAUUUGACUUGACAACUGAGGACAAUCAGAACAUGGCCUUGGAUAUUUAAAAUAAAUGAUGAAAGAUGUUUGCUUUACAUUUGUGAUGGAUAAACAGUAUGGUCUUGUGCCAUAACUAAAGCUUUAUGAUCCUGCAUUAAAUACUUAGUAUCACUAUUACCAACUGGCCAUGUCCUGUUGGUUAAUUUAAAUGAAGCUGCAGAACAAUAUUAGUUUGUAUCACAGCAAAAUUAAAUAUCAGAUGAAUUUCUGAUGUAGAAACCCCCAUAUGUUACUUGGAAGUUUAUUCAAGUUGUGAAAAGCUGAUGCGAGUGUGUGUGGAUUUUUUUUCUUGUUUAUUUUAACUUUUUAUUUAGCUGUGACCAUGCACUCUUAGAAAUACUGCACCAGAAUUAGAUUCAGGCUAAUUUUCAUCUGGAAGUCCUUGGGCAAAAAAGUAGGUUACACAAUAAAAUACAACUCUGUGAUUAUUGUGCGUUAUCAUUCGAAAGAAUACUCUUUAUGCCCUAAAGUCUAAAUGAAAUAGUUGAAAUGAAUGUAUUCAAACAAUAAAUCAGUGC